AUGGAGGCAAUGCGCACCCAGAUGCGCACAAUGGAAGAAAUGUACAACAAGAUGGUGCAAAUUGCUGGUGCCAGGUCUCGAUCUGGAGACCAGGUGGUGCAUGAAGACGUGCACGAGCAAGGGGAUCUCCACUGCGACCCAGUCGACGAGGAGCACCUCGGGGGCGAUCUCCGCGAUCAUCUUAACAGAAAAAGGAACUCGUCUCACCGAGGAGAACGAACUUCGACUUACUGGCACAAGAACUCCAACCAGCAGGCCGAAUCCUCUUACAACCCAAUAGCUCCCGAAGGAGUGAUCACGAGGGAGGAGUUCAACCAGCUCAAGAGCAAAUUUGAUGCUCAAGUUGAAGCCUUGAAAGUAAGGUGCGAGAAGAAAGAGAGUGCAUUUGAUGAUGGCGACUUGGGAGAAUCGCCAUUCACCUCGGACAUCCUAGAGGCUUCCAUCCCUCCAAAGUUCAAAACUCCCACUAUGAAAUCAUAUGAUGGGUCUAAGGACCCAAAAGACUAUGUUGAGGUUUUUGAAGGCCUCAUGGAUUUUCAAGCGGCAACAGAUGCUAUCAAAUGCCGCGCCUUCCAGAUCGCGCUUACCGGCAGCGCGCGCUUGUGGUAUAGAAGAUUGCCGGCCAGGUCGAUCUCGACCUACUCUCAGCUGAGGAAAGAGUUCAUCAGUCAAUUCUUUUCUCGGCACUAUGAUAGAAAGACAACGACUCACCUCGCCACUAUCAGGCAGAAGGAGGGCAAGACGCUUAAAGAAUACAUCACAAGGUUCCAGGAGGAGCAGCUGAAGGUCGUGCACUGCUCCGAUGAUUCGUCCAUGUGCUACUUUCUCACCGGCUUGGCCGAUGAGACUCCCACCGUAAAGCUUGGAGAGGAAGCUCUAGCCACCUUCGCUGAGGUUUUGCAAAUGGAGAAGAAGUUUAUCGAUGGACAGGAGCUCCUCCGGACCAAGACUGACCGACCAGAAAAGCAGAUCGACCAGAAGAAGUCCAGCCAAGACAAGAGGAAGGCUGAUUCCAAGUCUAAGGACAAGGGGUCAUCCUCCUCUAACAGCCGAACUGAUUAUUGUAGGUCCAACUCGGUAGAAAAGAAAGAAGAGAGGAAGCGUUCAAGGACGCCACCUCGCCUAGAUGACCGACCUGCGGUCAUCAACACCAUUUUCGGAGGCCCAAGUGGGGGCCAGUCUGGAAAUAAAAGGAAGGAGUUAGCUCGCGAAGCCAGUCGCGAGGUGUGCAUCAUUAGGGAGCAAAGACCGACCUGCUCCGUUACCUUCGAUGAUUCCGACCUGGAGGGGGUCCACUUGCCCUAUAAUGACGCACUGGUGAUCGCCCCUCUCAUUGAUCACGUCCUGGUCCGAAGAGUAUUGGUAGAUGGUGGCGCAUCUGCCAAUAUUCUGUCCCUUGCCCUGGGAUGGACCAGGUCGCAGUUGAAAAAGAGUCCAACACCCUUGGUUGGAUUCUCUGAAGAAUCAGUCUCCCAGAAGGGUAUAUUGACUUGCCGGUUACUAUAG